AUGAGUGAAACGGAAAAACUUCAAAACACCAGUGGAAGUGUCAAUUCCAUUGGAGAGCCAGAGUCUAUUGCACUGACUAAUGAAUUGUACGAUUUUGAUGAUCCAAAUAACUACUUUUCUCAGUACAAGGAUGAGCACAAUCCAAAAGGUUUAAGAAAACCCACAACAGAUGAAACAGGGUCACUCAGAAGGGUGCUUGAGCAUGCACCUAAGGUUGCCUAUCUUUUGUGUUUGGUCGAGCUAGCUGAAAGAGGGUCUUACUAUGGUGUUACAGGUUCAUUGAAUAAUUUUUUGCAAAGGCCUCUCCCUCCUGGCGGUAAAGCAACUGGUGCACCACCAGCAAAUAGUGAGUUACAAGCUGGUGCACUCGGUUUGGGUUUGAAAACUUCUUCAGCAGUGACUACCCUGUUGACAUUCAUUGCCUACGUUGCUCCACUUUAUGGUGGAUUUGUUGCAGAUGCUCAAUUAGGUAAGUUUAAGACUAUCUGGAUUGGUGUUUUCAUCUCUUUUAUUAGUCACAUAUUGUUUAUUAUCGCUGCUAUCCCCAGUGUUAUUCUGGGUGGUAAUGCUUUGGCACCUACUGUUCUAGCAGUUAUAACAUUGGCAGUCGGAACUGGAUUCAUCAAGCCAAAUUUGUUACCGCUCUUGAUGGACCAAUAUCCAUUCGAGCAAGAUGUUGUUAAGGUAUUACCUUCCGGAGAAAAAGUUAUAGUAGAUCGUCAAAAAUCGAUUCAGAGAAUGUCAAUGGUGUUUUAUUGGUCUAUCAAUAUCGGUGCGUUUUUCCUGUUAGCUACUUCAUACAGUGCAAGACGUGUUGGUUUUUAUUUGGCAUUUUUGGCUCCAGGCAUCUUAUUCAUGUUGUUACCAAUUGUACUUUGGUAUUUAGAAUCAAGAGUCAAGAAACAAGAUCCCAAAGGAAGUGUCUUGGUGAAUGCUUGGAGAAUUUUCCGGGUUACCUUUAGUUCUGGAUGGAUUUCCCGUUGGAGAAAAAAAACACUUUGGGAAUAUGCCCGUCCAGGAAAUGUUGUUGAAAGAAUGGCACUGCUGGAAAAAGUACCAAAGUUCCCAGUUUCCUGGACUGACCAGUGGGUUUUGGAUGUUAGACAAACUCUCUAUUCGUGCUCAAUCUUUGCUUGGUAUCCAAUCUUCCUUCUUUGUGAUACCGGGAUUGGAUCUAUUCAAAACUCUCAAGCAGGAACAAUGACUACUAAAGGGGUUCCCAAUGAUUUAUUUUCUAAUUUCAACCCAUUGACAAUUAUUGUUUUAAUGCCAAUUUUAGACUACGUUUUCUAUCCAGCAUUGCGAAAGUAUAGAAUUGAAUUUAGACCUGUUUGGAGAGUUGCAUUGGGGUUCGGCUUAGCUGCUUUAUCUCAAGUAAUUGGUGCUAUUUUGCAAUGGAGAAUUUACAAGACCCUGCCUUGUGGAUAUAAUGCUACCAAUUGUCUGUAUGAUGGGAUUGUUUCUCCAAUAUCUGCUUGGGCACAAGUUGUGUUGUAUAUUCUUCAAGCUUCUGGUGAAUGUUUUGCCAUGACUACUGGUUAUGAAUUAGCGUACAUUAGAGCACCACCUAAUUUGAAAGGUCUUGUGAUGGCUAUAUUUUUGUUUAUGUCAGCCAUUUCAUCAGCCAUUUCUCUUGCAGUUUCUGGUGCAUUGCUGGAUCCAAAUUUGAUUUGGCCAUUUGCAGCCAUGGGGAUUGCUGGUGCAUUAGCCGUUGUAGGAAUUCUCAUCAAGUACAGAACACUUCACGUGGUGAUGGAAGAAGAGAGAAAACUCAGAGAUGGAUAUGUGAAGAACGAGGAACUCAAUAGAGGUAAUGUUUACACUGUUGGAGGUACUGAAGAGGAGAAUUUAGAAGCAGUUACCUCAAUUAAAUCCACUGUUGGAAAAUAA